CUCUCAGUUCAGAGGUGUUCUCUCGAGGUGAAUAUAUGCGUCGAUGCGCAGGCCGUUCGACGGCGAGAAACCCGAGAGACAACCUCAGCACGUUGUUACUCACGUGAAAUUCAUUAAUUAAUUAAACUUACACGUUUACAGACUCGUUACGUGUGCCGCAACUCUUGUGCAAAUAAUUAUAUCGGCUCAAAAGCUAGCUGAGUUUCUUAGGAUCUUCGUCUCGAGUUUUAAGUUCGAGAGGCCGAUGGGGGAGCAGACGACGACGCUACCGACGAUCCCAAGCACCUCGUCCUCAUCUCCAUGCUCCAAUGAGAUUUCCGCGAGAGAGGACUGCGUGGUGCAAGGUGCAGUGGAAAAGUGGCUGGAGAACGAGGCGUUCCCGGGUUUUCGCGUCUGGCAGCUCGUUGGCAUCAUUCUCUCCGUGCUGUUGUCCAUCAUCAUCGGACUCUGCUGCUGUAUCCGUUUCCGCGUUCCCCGGACCAAGCAGGAGAUCGAGGCGGACUACAUUCGCAAGAGAAUCACCAGGAACUUCCGACGCGAGCUUUCGAAAAUCAGCAAUACAGAGAUGGAUGAGAUGGAUCUGCAGAAAGCUCUAGACAGAAUCCAAAACGAGUUCGAGGGGAACGCGUCCGCCCCGGUGGCGAAGGAGCGCGCGGACAUGUCGCAGCGAAGCGCGCAGCGUUGCUUUCGAUCCAGAUUCAGCGCCGUCUUCGAUGGCAUACGCGUGCGUUUCGGUCAGCGCGAGCACGCCGGAGAAUCGAGCGUCAUGAUAUAAGUAACGAUGCGCAGACACGUUACUGAGAUAACGGAUAAUCGCGCGUUACUUAUUUAUUUAGUUAAAAAUGAGCAAUCCUUCCCUUCAACAAUAUAAACAGAGGAAAAUAGAAAGCAGUAAGACAAAAGAAAAAGAAAUAUUCGAAUUUGAUGUUCCGCAUAUUUGUUUACUUAGACUCGCGUCCAUAGACAUUACUUGAAACUUCGUCCAUCAAGCAGAGGUCUUACGUGAAGCGAUGCAUUAUUGUUAUUGGAUCAUGCGUUCUUCCAAACACACAACCGUGUGUUUGAUCCGAGUGUUCAGUUCCCUAGUCGUUAAAGUGAGCCGUCGACGGCGCUACUACGAACGAGUCGGACAAAAUAGGAACUUCGUUGGAAAAGAACGAGAAAUAAUUGAGAAGAAAAUGCGAGAAGUGCGAGGUCGGGAAAAGUUAUAGAGGGAAAGUCAGCGCCGGGCAAAAAUAAAUUAUGUAUGACACUUUCAUUGACUAAAUAUAAUCUUUAUUUCAUAGAUAUAUUUUUACACAAAUUUAUUUACUUUUAGCAUGCAACAGUGAUCUAUAAUAACGGAUAGUAUGCUUUAGAAAGCACUCCCACGGUAUGAGUGUUUUUUUUGCAUAUAUGUAUGUCAGUGUUUUUUUCUACCGUGUCAAGAUUGCUAUCGAUUAAAUCCUUUAUAUCGAAUAAUUAUUUGUACUCUCUCGUUUAACCGCUUAUCUUAUUUUACCGCACACCGGAUUCAUCUUAUCCGUUUAUCAUAAUUAAUAAAGCUCGCAGAGAACUAUAUGAUUUUAAUAAUUAAUGACAUUAUG